UUGAAAUGAAUCAGGUGUCAGAUCACACGUCCUACUGGCCUCUAGAGCCUCUUGAGCUUCAGCACGGUGACGGCUCGCUCACUACUCGCUCACUACUCACUCAGUGCUCAGCAGGUAGAGGCUGCAGUGCCGUUAAUGACGGCAGGUUUGCAUAGAGGUGCUGAGGUGUGUGAGGACUGCAGGAGAUCAGUGCAGGAGUGUGAGGGUGAGGAUCAGGAGCUCUGGUGAUCUCUGGGUGUGUGUUGGGAACUCUGAACAUCACUGUCUUACUGAGCAUCCUGCAGUUAACAAGAAAUGAUCAACGGAAUGAUCAACCACUGGGUGCUCCUCUCGGCCUACAUCAUAGCUUUCAUAAUAGGCUUUCCGGCCAAUAUCCUGGCCAUUUACGCCUUCAUCAGAAAGCUUGCUGAUAGUCCCACGCCUACGGACAUCCUGCUGCUGAACCUGACCGCCUCGGACAUCCUCUUCCUCGUCUUCCUCCCUCUGAAGAUGUACGAGGCAGCCUCCGGCCUGCAGUGGCAUCUACCCCAGAUUUUGUGCUCCAUCACGUCAUUCGUCUUCUUCACCACCAUCUACACCAGCUCGCUCCUGCUGAUGGCCGUCAGCGUCGACCGCUACUUGGGCGUCGCCUUCCCCAUCGCCUACAGGAAGUCCCGCAGGAUCGUCUACGCCGUCGCCGGCAGCAUCUUUAUCUGGCUGGUCAGUGCAGGGCACUGCACCAUCGUCUUCUUCACCGUGCACCUGCGGGAGAACGACGGCAACGCCACCAAAACCGCCUGCUACGAGAACUUCACCGAGAGCCAGAACAAGAUCGUACUCCCGAUGCGCCUGGAGUUCUUCGUGGUCCUCUGCUUGGUGCCCCUCCUGGUCUGCGUCUUCUGCUACCUCAGCUGCAUCUGGAUCCUCUACACCAAGCCUCGCAUCGUGAAGGAGAAGAAGAAGCGAGCCAUCGGCAUGGCAGCCGGCACCCUGACCGUCUUCCUGGUCUGCUUUCUGCCCUAUAACAUCUCUCACGUGGUGGGCUACAGCUCCAACGAGAGCCCGCCGUGGAGGUACUACACCCUGCUGCUGAGCACCUUCAACACCUGCCUGGACCCCAUCAUCUUCUACUUUUCCUCCUCCAUCUAUCGCAACACCACCAGGCUUUCUUUCUGGAGGUUCCUGUCGCUCAGGCGCCACAAAAACAUGAAUCCUCCAGCUUCGAGAGACGGGGAUGCAGAAUCCCAGAACAAUAUCAUGUAGUUUGAUGUUCUUAUUGGAGAAGAAGAAGGAGAGAGAGAUUGCCAUGAGAUACAUCGCAGUAACGGACUCAGAUCUUAAGGACAGAUCAAAGUUUUUGCUUUGAUAUUUGGCUAACACCUUGCGUGAACCUUUUGAGCCAACAUGCUCGUAUGGGGCUUACACUGGCAAGGUACAGUAGAUUUCAGGUGGACAUGGGUUCUGGGUAGGUUUUUUUAGAUUGUGCCUACCAAAUGGGGCCCAUCAUACAGCCCACUCUAAUCUCACAUUGGUUCCAUCUAUGUCCUAUGUGCGGUCUACAACCCAGAGACUUUUGAACUUUGGGUAACACUUCGCUUGAACCCUUCCAGUCCCAUUUUGGAUCCAUAUACAGUGUAGAACCCACAUAGGCACCGGCUCCAUCCCUGACCUUAGUGGCCAUCCUUGGUGGGAGUACUUCCAUUGGGGACUGCAUCCAUAUGUGGGGCCACUUGCCAGAAGCUUUGACGUUUGGGUAACACUUUGCUUGAAACUUUCAGGCACAACAUGCUCUUCUGGGGCUCACAUGGAUGGAUUGUAGGCUAGGUACAGUAGAUACCGCCCACCUUAAUCUCAACUUGGUCCAAAAUACAGGGGUUGGACAGUGAAACUGAAACACCUGGUUUUAGACCACAAUAAUUUAUCGUGGUGACGGACAGUUCUGGUGGAAACAGGAGAGUUGAGGUGCACAUUGAAUUCUGCCGUGAUUUGAUCAGCCGUGUUUUUUUGUUUUUUGGAUACAAUCCGGGUUAGCACCGGAACAUCC